AAAGUGGCUGGUUCCAUUUCCUUAACUGUAAAGGCAUUUUCAGCCAUGUAGAGAGAUCUAAUACUAUACACAUGGGAAGCAGUGAUUUUUAAACACCUGACCUUCAAGGAGUCUUUUCUACAUACUUUUUUUGGUCUGUGGAACCUGAGCCCAUUGAAAAGGGUGCACACUCAAGUUAUGCAGUGCACUAGUCAAUGCUAGGCCAUCACUGGUGGCACAUGUGAACAGGUAGUGUGACGUAGCGCACAUGCAAGAGGUCCUUGCAGCUGCACAUUGUACAGUAAGAUUGGUAAUGUUUGGGUGAACUGUCUUUCAGAGUACUUAAUCAUCUUUACUGAUACUCUCAUUGGAGGAUACCUAAUAAACUUUGGAAGAACUUUGGAACACAGUUUUGAAAUGUGAACAGAGUUAUCGAGGAUUUGAAUAUCAAUUCCUGGUUCCUGUGCCACGUGAGCUCAUAAAGAAAUGACCAGUUGCAUCAGACCUGUUGUCCUUCUAGUCCAGCAUACACAAGGGCCAAACAAACAGGACAGAGACCAGAGUCUUCACCUCUUGUGGCUUCAUAGUAGUGGUAUUCAGACAUUUGCUGCCACUGGACAUGGAGGCAAGAGAAGUCUCGUUGGGAGGUCCUUCAACAGGAACAGAAGCUUAUGGAGGAAAAGAACAAACGCAAGAAAGCUCUCCUAGCCAAAGCAAUUGCCGAAAGGUCCAGAAGAACACAGGCUGAAACAGUGAAGUUGAAGCGGAUCCAAAAAGAACUCCAAGCUCUGGAUGACUUAGUAUCUGCAGAUGUUGGGAUUCUGAGAAACAGGAUUGAUCAAGCAAGCUUGGACUACUCAUGUGCUCGGAAGCGUUUUGAUAAGGCAGAAGCCGAAUACGUGGCUGCGAAGCUGGACCUCCAGAAGAAGACAGAAAUCAAAGAGCAGCUCACCGAGCACUUGUGCACGAUCAUCCAGCAAAAUGAGCUCCGCAAGGCCCGGAAGCUGGAGGAGUUAAUGCAGCAGCUAGAAGUGGUGCUCGACGAAGAGAACCUGGAACUCGAGAUCGAGGUGGAGCAGAUGCUUCUGCAACAGGAGGGGGGUACUCUUGGGCAAGCAGCCCCGCCGCAGAAGCUUGCUCCUGUUGACGCAGAAGUUCCUGUCCCCCAGGAUUGUAACAAAGAACAUGAGGACAAAAUCCACCGAACCAAGGGUGCGGAACAGUCAGCAGAACAGCCUGUAGUCUCUCAUCCUGGAGGCCAGGGCCAGAUGACACAAACUGCUGUUUCCAGAGAAGGGGUGGUUUGUGAAGGUACCUGAACACUAACUCGACAAACUAGCUUCUGGUAUGUGCCAUUCUCUACUGACGUAUAGGUUUUAGAGCAGUGGUUCUUAACUUUGAAUCUGCCAACCCUCCCCCCCCAGCAACUAUGCAACAUUAUCGUCGAAUGCCCCACCCCCACAGUCACAAGUUAAAAACCAGGAUAUAAAAACAGCUCUCCGGACAAAGCAACUUUUAUUUUUGUUCAUAUAUGUAUGAUACGUGCAUUUGAAUUGCAGAUCUCAGGCAUUCGUUCAAUGAGACCCUUGUGCCUGAUGGCCAUCAGCCAAUUCCUUAAUGUUAGGAUUGAUUCCUGUUUGCUGCGUCCUGCUUUUUUAAGGACCAUGGGGAGAAAUCUGGGUUUGGGAUUUUAUACCCAGAGCUGUCAUAAGCCAUCAUGAGUGGGGAGAACAGGCUGCAUAAAACUGUAACGCUUCCAAAUGCCUUCUCCGUUUCUCCAGAGUUUCUGACCAUCCUAAGAUUUGUGAACUGCCUGCCCGCCUCCAGUCCAUGUAGCCCCCAUUGCAAUCCCUGGUUUUGAAGCUUCCACUGUGUAACUGUCCACUUAAGUCUAGCAUGAGGGUACUGCCAGGGUCCAUUCCAUCAUUUAUGUCGGCAGCCUGUCUCCUCCCUGCUCACCUUCUUUGACUUUUAUUGAGCAAAAAGGUUAAUUUACACAAAGGGAAAUGCAAAGGAAAAGCCACGUUAUCUGUAUGAUCUGCUGGUAGGAAGGGAGAGGCAUGCAUAUCUUAUAUGACAGGAGGUCAGAACUCAUCGUGUUUUAUUGGCGGUCGUUACACAAAAGUGUUGAAAAUAUAUUUUUUUAUAAUGGUCAAUCACGUCCUAAGACUUCAGUAUGGCAAGGCUGGAUCAGUAAUUCAGAGAAGGGGUGUAUUUGUGUAUAUGUGUGUAUAUAUAUAUAAAAUGUGAAUAAAUCUAAU